UAUUAUAAGCAAUAAGAGGUAUCUAGCAAGACAUUAUUGCCCCCAGAUUAUAAGUUAAGAUGUUUGCAUCGUCGAAACCUUUCCACGACUCAUACUCGGUGUAACUGUAUCCCUUUGUAUCAAUGUCUACACUUAAAAAAUCAUUCUGGAGAGUGAGUGGUAAGAAGACGAAGAAGAAGGUUCCCACGAGUCCCAAGAAGAAAGGGAAUGAAGAUGAGACUACGAAGGAGACUAGCUUGGAAACUGAUGCUGCUGCGGAACUGAAGGGGAAGGAGAAGGCUCAGACCUCUUCCUCCACGUCUGAGAAUUCGCCCCAACAGGUUGAGGAGGUUGUAGACUCUGUUGCUCAGGUGGGGAUAACUUCUGCUCUAGUGACCCCCCAUGUGCUCGAUGAAAUGCCUCAAUCAGACAAGAUUACUCCUAAACCUACUACCUUUGCUGACUUAUUCAAAGGUAAUAGGGACCCUGACCAAGGUAUGACGCUGAAACACUACGAUGUUGGCGAAGGUGUCCUCCGCAUUCCAGACUCUAUUAUCAAACCAGUGGAAGACAUUUGGGGCUUUUGUCUUGUGGUCUGCUUCACUGGGCGUUUCCCUGGGCUUAAGGCUGUUGAUGCCAUUGUCAAAAGCUGUAAUACUCCUUGUAGAAUCAUACCCCAUUGCAAGGGUUGGGUGGUGCUCAAAUUUGAGAAUGAUAAGGACCGGUAUGAAGUGCUUGGUAUGGAACGAAGCAAAGCUUAUGGAAAAGAGUUUAGAUUGAAAAUUCCCUCUCAUGGAUUCAUGUUUGACUUUGCUGAGUUCACCACAUUGCCUGUCUGGAUUCAACUACAUAAUGUCCCAAUGCAACUGUGGUCAGAAGAGGGUAUUGGAAUGCUGGCUUCCAAAGUGGGUAAACCUCUUCGUACAGAUUUGGUAACUAAACAACUGGGGAAAAGCGGCUUUUGUAGGGUUCUUGUUGAGGUGGAUUUCUCCCAAGAACCUGUAACAAAGUUUGAGGUGGAAUGCAUGGGAAAAACCUAUGUCCAGACAGUGGUAUUUGAGGAGGAGCCUCGGUACUGUUUCCACUGCCUCACAUGGAAUCAUAGCCCAUUCAACUGCAGGGCUUUGGAACUGAUUAAGAAGAAGGAAUUGGACAAGCCAGUGGUGCAAACAAAGCUUGUUUCUAAGGAGUGGGUUCCUAUUGGCAAGAGCAAAGGAGUUGGAGGCCAUAUAGAACCAAAAGGGGGAUCUAUUCCUUCUUCUUCACACACUUCCAAGAACUUGGAAGAACCUCACACUGUUGGUGUUGGUGUUUUGAGUAAAGUACCUGUUGGAACUGGGGUUGGUGGGGCUGGCUUGGAAAACAGAAAGAAGAAAGUGCAGGAGGGUGCUCCUGUUGCCAAGCUGGAGGGUUUUGUGAAUGCCAAGCUACCCUCCUGGAAAGGGUCAUUUUUCACUUGGCACAAAGGGAACAAAUUUGCAAAAUUGGACAGAGUGCUCAUCAACAACAGAUGGGGUGACAAUGGUUGGGUUCCAAGCUGUGAUUUCCUGGAUUUUAAUAUGAUUUCUGAUCAUUGCCCCUUGUUGUUUCAAUGUGGCAGCCCCUCUCCUAGAAGAAGCAAGCCUUUUAGAUUCUUUAACAUGUGGAUCAAGCAUGAGACCUUUCAGGGUCUAGUCCUCCAGUAUUGGCAACCUCCUGUUCUGGGAUCAAAGCAGUUCUCUCUUUGUUCCAAAUUGAAGCGGCUUAAACAUCCCUUGAAGUCUCUCAACAACAACUCCUUUAGUCACAUAUCUAACAGGGCCAAGGAAGCUAAACAGGCUUACUUUGAUGUGAUGAAGGAGCUUAUGAUAAACCCUAAUGAUCAAGCUCUUCUGGACAAUGCUGAAAUCAAGCGAAAGCAGGCCAACUUCUUCCUUGAUGCUGAGCUAGAGUUCUACCAACAAAAGGCUAAAUGUGACUUUCUCAUGAAGGCUGAUAAGUGUACCAGCUACUUCCAUUCUCUGGUUAACAAGAAUAGAAGGAAGAAUGCAAUUCCCUUCUUGGUUAAAGGGGAUGGAUCCAAAACCACCUCCUUAAAAGAAGUUUCCGACUGCUUUUUGGAGUACUAUACAGCUCUUUUUGGGAAUGCCUCCAAUGUGGAACCCAUCAACCAUGAAUUUUUAACCACUGGACCCUCUGUCCCUGCCUCUGCUUACUCAUCCCUCCUGGCUACUGUUACAAUGGAGGAGGUUCGUCGGGUGGUUUAUGAAAUUGGCAGUGACAAGGCACCAGGACCAGAUGGGUAUACUGCUGCCUUCUUCAAGACCCAGUGGGAUAUUGUUGGGCAGGAUGUCUAUGGGGCUGUUCUGGAAUUCUUCAACACCGGGAAGCUCCUAAAACAGUUGAACCAUGCUAUGAUUGUUUUGAUCCCUAAAACAACACAUAAUCCUUCUGGAAGAUCACUUGUGGAUAAUUUCCUCCUAGCCCAACACUUGGUUAGAGAUUAUGCAGUGAAAAGAUCUGUCCCUAGUUGCAUGAUUAAAUUGGACAUCACUAAGGCUUAUGACACGGUUUCUUGGAGGUUCUUGGAGGCAGUUAUGGUUGGCCUGGGGUUUCCUACUAGAUUCAUUUCUCUUAUUAUGGAAUGUGUAACCACAGCUUCAUAUUCUAUCAUGGUAAAUGGUGAGGGUCAUGGCUUUUUCAAGAGUAAGAGGGGUUUGAGACAGGGUGAUCCAAUGGCACCAACUCUUUUUCUCUUUUGCAUCGAGUACUUCUCUAGAAUGCUCAACACUAAAGCAAAAGAGGGAGUCUUCUCUUACCAUAAGGAUUGUGCUUCACUUGGCAUCACUCACUUGGCUUUUGCAGAUGAUAUCAUGUUGUUCUCAAAGGGGGACUUCCACUCAGUGCAAACCCUUAUGCAAUCUCUGGAUCACCUCUCUAGUGUUUCUGGACUUACACUCAACCCAGCCAAAUCCAAUAUCUUCAUUGCUGGGAAAUUUAGAGACACUAGCCAGAACUUAGCUCCUUUCCCUCGCGGGCAGCUGCCAGUUAGAUAUUUGGGACUCCCUUUGGCUUCCCAAAGGAUUUCUGAAGCUGAUUUUGCACCCCUCUUUAAAACUGUUGAUGGUUUCCUCUCCAAAUGGGGGACCCUCAAACUCUCUUAUGCUGGAAAGUUGGAGUUGAUCAGGGCGGUGAUCCAAGGCGUUCAAUCCUUUUGGCUGCAGGCCUUUCCAGUUCAGAAGUAUGUCCUUCAUCGUAUUACCUCCCUAUGCCGUGACUUCCUUUGGGGUAGCAAAUUUGCCAAGGUGGCAUGGGCAGAUAUAUGCAAGCCUAAGGGAGAGGGUGGACUAGGCUUACGAGAUGCUAAUAUAUGGAACAAUGCUCUUUUAUGUAAGUUGCUUUGGAAUUUGGCAACUAAGAAGGACUCCCUUUGGGUUAAAUGGGUGCAUAAUGUUUAUAUUAAACAUGACAAUGUGUGGCUUUGGCAGCCCAAGAAAAGACACUCUGUUCUUCUCAAAAGGAUUGCAUAUGUACGAGAGCUUUUGGUACAAAAGCUUGACAACCGUAACUCCUCUUUGGAAGCGGCUUUGCAAACCUUCUGUAUUGGUGAUAACCUUAUUCCAAGCAAGGUUUAUGAUUUUCUUAGGGCAAAGACCAAUCCCAAGCCUUGGAUGGCUUUUAUCUGGCACUCAACCAUACCUCCUAAAUGCUCCUUUACGAUGUGGUUAGCAUUUAGGAGGAGGCUGCGCACAAAAACAAACUUGGAAUUCUUGGGGAUACCCAUGGAAUGCGCACUUUGUGGGGUUGAACUUGAAGAAAUUGAUCAUCUUUUCUUUGAUUGCUGGGCUUCAAAAAUAGUAUGGGGAGCCAUUAAAGAGUGGCUACGGGUGGAUGGUCAUCUCAGCACAAUUGACAGGGCUGUCCGUUGGUUAAAGGCGCCUAGGAGAGGGGAUGCCAUCUUGAAGAAGGCUAGGAAGGUGGCUCUCGCUUGCACAGUAUUUCACAUUUGGAAAUAGCGGAACGCUUGCCAGUUUGACCAGGAGCCUCUUAACGUAGAGGGUAUGAUUUCUAAAAUCAAGGUUAUGGUUUACA